AUGCUUAACUUUUUUGUAAACAUUUACUUUAGAUUAAAGGAUGGACAUCAAGUAGAAUUCCCUGAUUAUUGGUUAAAUUUUGAUAACCCUUGGGAAUUGCCACGUCUUGAUGUUGUAGUUGAUGUUAAAUUUGGUGGAUCUGUUAAUAAAUAUACUGAUAAAAAUGGCUGUGAAAGAUAUUCCUGGGAGGGUUCUGACACUGUAGAAGCUGUUGCCUACGAUGUUCCCAUUCCAGGUUAUGAUACCAACAAUUGUAAUAAUAUUCGAUUAUGGAGUAGUAAACCUAAACGUCAAUUUGAUCUUAAAUAUUUCAAUGAGGGAGAAUAUGAGAAAGCUGUGCAAGAACAAAAACAAGCCGAAAAUAUAACUGCAGUGUUAUAUCCUAAUGAUAAUCACAUGGUUGGAAAAGAAUUACGUCUUAAACAACAAUAUUUCUGGGUUGCUGCAAGUCUUCAUGACAUUGUUCGCCGGUUUAAAAAAUCAGAGAGACCAUGGAGUGAUUUUCCUACACAA